UAGAUUUAGAAGAUCCUUCACUUUUAAGUCUGAUGUUGAAAAUUAGAGCUGGAACGAGAAGUCGUAUCUAACUGGUGUCCCAUAUCGCGUAAACCCCACGGAGAAUGCUGAAGCUCGGAAUCUGGUGUUAUUUAUGCGGCUGAGCGGUACGUACGCACGUCAGACCUUGUUGAACAGAACUUUUCAGCAUCUUCCUCACAACAGGCUCUAUUGCACUUCCAGUGUCUUUGUCCUAAAGACACGGCCUCCGCUGAUGCCCUUUAGUUGCCUGCUGGUUUUCAGAUGGAGGUAAAAGCUGUGUGUUAUUCUCAGCUGCUGCUAGAUGUUACCUACGGGCCCAGAGUUAGACGUGCUUAAAGGGAAACCAGUUAAACCAGCAACUUAACCUGGGUUUCUACUCAGGAUCUCCAAUAUCCCACAUCUGGCUGAGUUACUGUAUGUUUACCAACCUUGUUAUUAAUGUUUAAAGCAAGCUUUAACUGAAAAUGCACAGAAUUCAAGUUUGUAGGCCGAUUCAGAGAUCUGGUUUUAACUGUUAAAAAAAAACAAUCUAUCCUGCCAGUUCUAGAUUCACCCUUCAAAAGAAAGAUACACAAACAAAAACGUGUACAUUUAUUCAUUUAUCUGUUUAUUCAUCUAAAAAGAACCACAGAAUAAAAAAAAGUCUAAUUCUGGUUGCCUGCAGAGCAAUGGCUGCUAGUUUGAUUAAAAAUUGCAAUCAUUUAAAGAUAUUUCCAGGAUUUCUUAGAUAAAUAAUCACAUUUUUAUUCUGUCAGGCACGACACUGUUUAUGUUUACAUCUACUAGCCACCAGAGGGCACUUUUGUGGUAAAGUUUGGGUUGGGAAUGUGUAAAAUUGCGGACUUGACAAGUCAAGCAGCUGAUUCUGAGUCCAGAAGAUGUUCUAACAGUAACUACUGUUGUAAAAUAAACUUAUUAGUAGAAAUGAGUCCUUGUCCUGUACGAUUUGUCUCUGAACACGGUGCUGGAACGCGUCAGCAGUGAACCAACAUCUCAGCGGCUGGAAAAUUGGCCAUAUUGUUGCAAUACCACCUGUGAACACCAGGGUUCGCCAGAUUGUCCGUGUUCCAUAGUCAACCUUUAAAGCCGGGCGUACACUGUGCGACUUUUUCACUCGUAGCACUCAGCUUCAGCUCAAACUGUACGACUUCCUCGCAGGGCAGAUCUCACGAGUCAUGCGCUCACACUGCACGACCCAGUUCUCUGAUGCGACCUGACUGCUCACACUGUACGUCUGGUAGCAACACGUCGGCCCUAAAAAUAUGCUAAAAAUAGCAGUUUUUACUCAACACGUCAGACUUUUUUGUCUUGUUUUGCCUGUUGUCCUUCGGGAGUGCUGCAGGAGGACACACAGGGAUUUAUGGGGGUUGGAUGAGGAAAACGAAAUAAAGAAAGUAAAUCUGUGUUUAGUGAUCAGUUUAAUUUGACAUGAACACGACAAACACGCUUUCUUGACAAUCUUUGUGAGUAAAAAAAACGUGUAGAAACAAAAACGAACAGCGUGUGUUAUUAGGGAAAUAGCGAGCGAGUGGCGUUGAUGCAGGAUUGCGCAUGCGCCGUGAGCGGUUCUGAUACUUUUUGGGUUGCAGCUGCUCGCAGCGCCGCUUCAACAGUGCGAUACCCUCACGAGGGACGAGCGAAAUAUUAAACACGCCAGAAGUCCGUGCGACCUCACGAUUGCUAAUCGGCAGCUGGUCACGUGGUGUUAAUCGCCUCUCGUAACCCCCUGUACACUACACGACCGAUCAGCGCCAAACUCGCACCGAUCUCGUGGAUUCUCGCACGACUGGAAAAUCGACUCAAAAAAGUGAAAACGUCGCACAGUGUAUGCCCAGCUUAAGGUGUUAAAAAGACAAACGCACAGCGAGGAGCUAGCUUCCACUUUGGCUUCUACUGAACUAGGGGGCGCUAAAAGCAAGAAAAACGGCUUAGUCUCCCUUUAAUUUUUUUAUACAGCAUUGACCAAAUCUGGCCACAAUAUAAACCGUCAGGAUAUGUUUAAAAAUUAUUUUGUUGCUUUAUUUAAAAAAAUGUAAAUUUUUAUCAUAAUAGAAACAAACAUAAAAAAAACGUUCUUUCCAAACUGAAGCCACCGUUUUCUGGACCAAAAUGUCUUCAAGUCGCUGCAGAAGCACACGUUACAUGUGUCUAUUACACUCCUUUUGCCGUUCGUUUAAAAUACAUCAAAAGUACACACUUUUUCUCUCUUGAGGGACAAAUGUGCUGUGUGUUAUCCUGCUAGCUAACAACUGCGUGUUAUGGUGCGUGAAUUCCCGGGUACCCUAAUUUGUGGGACUUAGGGCAUUGUGUGUGAAACAGCUGAUGCGGAGGAACUUGUUGAAUUUAAAACUGAGCCGUUGUUCCGUUUGAAAAUCUCUUCCUCAGGGUAAAUUUAAAAAGUAAUGUCGGUUGUUUUAUUUGGUUACAUCUAAUCUUUCCCACCUGAUUCCGAUCAGUUGAAAAUCCGCGUGAUUGGGCCCGAUUUCUAAUCACGAUCGGAUGGGAGCAUCCCUAGGAGUUGUUAGCUAUCUGUGAUUAUUUUAUUGUGACUACACACACGCACGGGAUGGUUCCCAGCCAAGCCGCCGGUCACUGGUCUCAGCCCAGGCUGCGUUAGAGUUGAACUUCUGGUUCUACGUGAAGGAGCACCUGAACCGCCACGAGCUCCAGCGCUUCUACUGUCUGCGCCAGAUCUCCUCGGAGCUGGGCCGGGGUCGGGCCUGGCUGCGCUGCGCCCUCAACGAGCACUCGCUGGAGCGCUACCUGCACACGCUGCUCGCUGACCGCCCUCGCCUGGGAACUUUCUACGAAGACUGGGCUUUUCUUCUCGAUGAAGAGCGAGGGAGCAUGCUGCCCACUAUGGCUGCAGGCUUGAACUCCAUCCUGUUCGCCAUCAACAUCGACAACAGUGACCUUAACGGCGGAGUGAGUCGAGGCGGCCCCUCGGUGUCCAACCUCCUUAAGGAGUCCACCCAAGGCAUCGGCAGCCUCCUGAAGGAGUCCACUCAGGGCGUCAGCAGCCUGCUGAGAGAGAUCAGCACCGCCACGGCGGUGGUGCCCGGCUUCACCCCGAGAGCCGAGGGAGCUUCGGACCCACUGCCCGUUCUGCCACGUAGCACCUCUGCUGACUCCGGGCUGAGGAAAGAGCGGCGGAGGAAGAAGAUGAUCACCAACAUCAUCUCUUUCGACGACGACCUGGAUGGCGGGGCUGAGGACGAGGGGGAGGGGGAGGAAGACUCCCAGAGGGGGAGGGUGAUGAGGAGGAGUGUCGUGGCUCUGGCUCAGAGCAGCGUGGAGGACGGGAUCGACCCUCUAGAGCCGACCGUGUCCACGUCUCCUGCUCAGAACGGCCUGGCAGAACCAGGGCUGGUCAGCUGGGUAGGGUCGCCCCGCCCAUUUCGCACUGCCUCCCCCGCUGCACCUCCUCUACCUGAUAGUAAGAGUCUGGACAAUGAAGAGGAAGAGGAAGAGGAGAUGUGUAAACCCAGAACACGAACACAGGAGGAAGAGAGGAUCCCCACUGAUCAGAUGGUGGUGGGCAGUCUGCCCAGCGUGUCGACGUGGAGUCCUCUACAGGCCGUGGCCGACCAGAGCACCUCAAGCAUCCUGAUUCCUGUGAAUGCUGCAGACACUCAGACAGCGAGCUCGGUAGAGGACACGGCCGUAUUUCCCAUGCAGUGUGACUCAACAGGGUCGGUGGAGAACUGUGAGAGCAGCAGAUCACAGCUCACUUUCACCAUGGAGUCCAGUCCACCUGCCCAGGCUGCUCCUCUUUCCAGUCUUUUACCAACAUCUGGUCUCCCAGAGACCAUGACUGUAGCGGAGCUGCGUCAGGCCAUCGUCGCCAUGAUGAACAGGAAGGACGAGCUGGAAGAACAGAACACGUCUCUACGCAGCCUUUUGGAUGGAGAGAUGGAGCACUCAGCAGGCCUGAGGCAGGAAACGGAUUUACAGAAGAAGAAGCUGUUGGAGCUGGAAGAGAGACAUGCGGCUAAAGUCCAGGCCCUGGCCAGAGAAAAUGAAGUCCUGAAGGUCCAGCUGAAGAAAUAUGUUGGUGCAGUUCAGAUGCUGAAAAGAGAAGGGAGCCAAGGCAGUGAUGCCUUGUCAGUGUUGCAGUCCAGUGAAGACCAGGCCCCCAUCCUGCAGAAUAAGUUUAUAGGUGACGUAGAGGAGCUGGCGGCCAGCUACGAACGCAAACUCAUUGAGGUGGCUGAGAUGCACGGUGAAUUGAUAGAGUUUAACGAGCGCCUGUACCGUUCCCUCAUGGCCAAAGACCAUCUCAUUGUCCAGAUGAGACAGGAACUCAUUGACCUCCGGGGUCCGGUUCCAGGUGAUUUAAGUCAGACGUCUGAAGAUCCCAGCCUGUCAGAUUUUGAGACGGCUCAUCGUGCACUCAUCAACGUGUGGAUCCCCUCUGUGUUCCUGCAGGGCAGAGCUGCAAACGCCUACCACGUCUAUCAGGUAUAUAUUCGCAUCCUGGAUAACGAGUGGAAUGUGUACAGGCGUUACGCUGAGUUCAGGGAGCUUCACAACCACCUGAGAAUCCAGUUUCCCCAAGUGGACACCUUCAGCUUUCCUCCCAAGAAAGCAAUAGGAAACAAGGAUGCCAAGUUUGUGGAGGAACGGAGAAAGCAGCUGCAGGGCUACCUUCGCACGGUGAUGAACAAACUGAUCCAGACGCUGCCGGAGUUCACAGCCCACCCCACCAAAGAGACCCUGCUGUCUCUGCUGUCUUUCUGUCAAGACACCCCACAGGCCACUGACGCUGGAGCCAAAACACCCCGAUCCAGAACUUCAUCCCACUUCCCCAGACUGGGCCGCGGUCGCACCCAGGACACCAGACCUGAACCUCAGAGCGGUGACCUUUGAACCUUUGAGGUAAAACUGAGGACAGCAGUUGUGAAGAACCUGUUGUGAGGAGCUGAGGUGUUUAAUGAACCUUGAAUGGAGCCUGAAUGGAGAGACGGACUGGGCCCUCUCCUGGUGGAUGUUACUGUGCGUUUGGCUCAUUGGAUCAGACAUGGAUCGCUUCAACUGAGGUGACCUCUAGAAGUGGCACCUCUUACCUCACAGAGACCAAAAUACUUUGUCAAAAUUGCACAUGAACAAAACUGGACUGCUCUCCUUCAUCUCAGACAGUCUGGGAUGACGAGUUUUUCUAACGCUGCUUAGUUUUGUAGUAAAAGUGCAUCCUGGUCACAGUGCCUACAGUGGUUUUGUAGCUUCUUUCCUGAUGUCAGCAGGGAGGGAAGCCUGUGCAGAAAGGUGAAGCGGGGGAGAAUUUAAGGCCUAUCUUGGGAAAUGAAUGUUGUUUUUCAGCUUCAUGUCAGCUUUGUAGUGCCAUUACAUGUUAGACAAUGACAAUUUACAAUCAGUGGACCACCAAGCUGCGGACAUUCCUUCUCCUGCCUGUUGUUAUUAUGCUGGCUUUUAUAUAUGAAAACACUCAUGUGCAGGAAGUGUAACGUAUCCUACUGUCUACUGUACAUUCUGAUCAUGUUUAAGAUGUUGUGCUAUGGUGGUUUCUGGGGAUGAACAGGAUGAGCUGACUCCAGCUUCCUGCAGUCCAAAGAGAUGAGCCAGGUAAAAGAAAUGAAUAGAUCAACAAAUAAUAAAACUUCACUAACAAUCAAAACCUGUUCAGAUGACCAAGAUUCAUAAUAUAACCAUUAUUUUAUAGAUGUUUACAACACUUUGAUUCGGCAUUUUACUGUAAAUUUGGCCUUAAUUAUAAGAACGUCCUUCCCGCUGUGUCGUAGGUGUCAUCGACGUAGCUACAGCAAGCUGCUUCUGUUGAGUUUAUGCUGAUAAGCAUAACCCUACAACACCACAUAGAUUCUAUGUAAUGUUAAAUUGAUGGUGUGAAGGUUUAUAAGAUGAUGUUUGCAUGAGCUGCUAGAAAAAAAGAUGAUUGGAGCUACUUUAAGAUGGCAGCAGGGAUCAGGGUUAGGGUUACCCUAACCCUGAUCCCAUAACCCUAACCCUAGGGUUAACCCUAAACCCACAACAGAUGAAAUGCUAAUAACCCUAAAGUUUACACAGAAACAUGCUUUGGAAAGUCAACACUUUCCUUUGGUCACAUCCAAAAUUAAACACAAUGAAUAAUUGAUCAAACACAGCAUAUUAAUAUUUCUGUAGUGCUACCCUUUCUGCAAACUGAAAGCUCAGAAGUUUCUGUGAGUGGAGAUCAAUAUAUUUGUGAAUGGAGAAAAAGAAACUUGCUGUGGAUAAAAACUCUGAACUUUCUAAUUCCAGUUAAAAAGAAAAAGUACACAAACUAAAAUACUCACAUUUCCAAUUGUUCCCAAAUAUUUAACCGCCUCUUAUUUUCCUCCUGAUAUUUUUUUCCACACACCGGCUUAUUUUACUUUCACUCCCAUUUCAGUUCUACUUGAAAAAAGCGUUGCCAUUACUGUAAAGUAAGGUGCUUGAUUAUGCGUCUUUAGUCGCAAUAGUCAACUGGAUGAGCUCCAGAUUUUCAUGUUUAUUGUUUAGUUUUUGUCUUUUGAAGUGAUUUAAUGCAAAACUCUGUUUCCAAACGAUGGUUUUAACCACUUGGAGAAAAGCUGCUAGUCAGAGUGCACGGUGAGGACCGCCGAGCUCUGAGUUGGUGGAGAACAGAAGCUCAUACAUAUUAAUGGUUUAUGCAAGAGUAGCCAGAGACUAUGUUGAAAAGAGGAGUGCUGG